GAAAAUAGUGGAAUGAUUUUCUUCAGUGCUAAGUGAGUCCCGAGUUCUCCACUGCGUACAAUGUAACAUUUGACGUAUUUACGCACUUUCAUGAAGAAGAUAACUGACAACUGGUGAGAUAGUGGAUGAGAAGAAAUCAUGAUGUAGUGAUUAGCUAAAACUAUUGAUUUGUAUAAUCGGUCGGUUUCCUGAUAUGUGUACUUCAGUGAGCCAGUUAAUUAUUACAAUGUGUGCUUAGUAGAGUAAUAUUAACAGUAAGUGAAAAUCCAAACUUAUAAGCACAUAUCGAUUCUUUAUUCUUUUCUCAGAGUAUUUCCUAUGAUGAAUUGCAUCAAUUGAGGUUAGGAGAGUCACAUCUUGAGAGUUUCUUAAUGAGACUAAAAUUCUUGAAGCUGCCUAAACAAAGAGCUGCUGUCAAGAAGUUUCAUUCAUCUCGAGAAUUUGUGCGCCUAACAAACUUCAAGAAUUUUAUUGUUCCUGAGUCGAUGCAGAUAUGGACUUCAGUAAAGCAAGCAGUAUUCGUAAGGAACGGAUAAAAGACCGUAUCAAGCUGCUAGAGCAACAGCAUCUUUUAAGAAUAGCCGAACUUGACGAGCAAAGUAGGAGAUCACGGGAGGAGUAUCAACGAAGCGUAGAACAGAUCGAACAAGCAACAAAGGAAGCUGUUAGAAGAAUUGAACUUCACUAUAAAGCUAAGAGGGACGCAAGAUUGAGGAAGUGCAGCCGGGAAAAUGUCGACGAAACAAUGCCAGUCAAGUAUAAUUCGUUCAGUGACGGAACCCUUGCUAAGUCCCUCCAUAGCCCGUCUGUGCAGAUCGAUAGAGUAGGUUCUGAUCCGCAGUGGCCAAGUAUCAAUAGUGUUCAGCCGAAUGUUUUUCCUUACACCGCUACCGAAAACGACGACGACGAUCAGUAUAUAAUAUCUGGUCCUGAGAUGCUUGAUGAAAUCGGUGAGAUUGAAAACUUCCGCAGUAAGGAAGAGUCAACUGUGCAAACGGUAAUGCACUUUACAGUCGGUGUCAAGUCCAGCUUCCAGCGUAUUAUUCAGUGUGAAUCCUGUAGCGUAGACAAAAUUCACACUUUAUCAAAGUCAAGUAGUUCCCGUAGUAUGGGUCAAUCCGAAAUGGUAAACAUAGCCAGCCCUCUAUGUAUCACCCAAGAGAGAGCCGAAUCGAGAUAUGGUGACGCUCAGGCAGAUCUCAUUUACCAAUACCACUACCAUCUGCCAGAACACAAAAAGUUGCACACUCGCAAGUGCAACAAAAAUAAUACACAUAUACGUCCUGCAUUGACAGUCUACAAAUCUCGCAAAUACGCCGCUAUUAAAAUGAGUUCAGUGAUCACGAUGGGAAACAGUUUUAUUCAGGCACUAAUGAUCAACAUAUUUGCUGGAGUUGAAGUGAUGGACUAUGCUUCCUAUUACGGUAGAUGUCAACUGAGAAGAACUGGCUGUAUGGGGUUUGACCCAGGAGGAUUAGAUGUUACAGCUCAACGAAGAUCGACGAUGGUUAUGCAAGAAAUGCUAGGGUAUGCUAACUACCUGCUGAAGAGUCCACAGUGCGUAUGUAUUCGCAUCUGCGGUAUAUGUAUGAUGACCAAGUAUAAAGCUUUCGGGUUCGAAUAUGAUCUCUCAUCACAGUGGAAGUGCGACGAGACCCAACAAAAUGAGAGGGAGCGAGAUCCAGUUACUACAGUGCCGAUCACAAGAGCCAUGGUCGGCUACUCCGAGUUACAUCACAGAUUGAAGAUGCAAUACAGUAGUGUGUAUACCGUUCAUGAUUUCGUCAAUACAGCUGUUCUAUGUGCAAACAUAUUGCGGUUGUUGAUAUGGAUAGGAAAAUUAUCAAUUGAUAUAGUAGCAUUCAGUGACCUCAUUAACGGAUACUCUGGGCAUUCGAAAUUUGAAGACGUUUCGGUAAAGCCUGCCGUAGGAUCUCGAAGUAUUGAAGGAAGUGCAAGAAUAGGAACAUUUGUAUUAGUCAAUUAGUGAAAGUUGCUGGUAUGUAAUGGCAACAAAAAUUCAUAAGUAGUUCUGUACACAACGGAGAAAUCGGUACUACACGGAUGGGGGUAUGUUGAAAAUAGUGGAAUGAUUUUCUUCAGUGCUAAGUGAGUCCCGAGUUCUCCACUGCGUACAAUGUAACAUUUGACGUAUUUACGCACUUUCAUGAAGAAGAUAACUGACAACUGGUGAGAUAGUGGAUGAGAAGAAAUCAUGAUGUAGUGAUUAGCUAAAACUAUUGAUUUGUAUAAUCGGUCGGUUUCCUGAUAUGUGUACUUCAGUGAGCCAGUUAAUUAUUACAAUGUGUGCUUAGUAGAGUAAUAUUAACAGUAAGUGAAAAUCCAAACUUAUAAGCACAUAUCGAUUCUUUAUUCUUUUCUCAGAGUAUUUCCUAUGAUGAAUUGCAUCAAUUGAGGUUAGGAGAGUCACAUCUUGAGAGUUUCUUAAUGAGACUAAAAUGUAAGAUUUAUAUUUCUUUUGUUAUAUCUAUAAAUAAAAUUUGAAUUGAUUGCAGUCUUGAAGCUGCCUAAACAAAGAGCUGCUGUCAAGAAGUUUCAUUCA